CCCGGGCCUCGGAACCCCCACUAAAGAGGAAAGCCUCCCGGCUCCACGUUCCUGUCACAGGCAGAUCGUCUCACCUCGGCCAUUGGACUUGGCUUCUUCAUCUUUCCUUCCACCGCUCUCAACCAUUCUGCUUUCAAACGUACUCUCUAUAUUCCAGCUCGAGCAAAAUCACACCUCGUAUUAGGCAACAAUAACUAUUAUUCAGUCGGACCUCCCCACCUUGGAUAGGACACUGCGCUCCGGUCUACCGACGCAGCACCCCGCGGAGACUCGUCUAACCGUCGUUCCCGGCCAUCGCCACCUUUAAUCACAUUACCAUGGACAGCGCUUCGUGUAGUGGCGGUACGCCCUUCAAGCGCCUUAUCGACCAUCAAUCCCGAGAUGUUAGCCAACAUCAAGAUCGUCUUGUGCACCAUUCCAGCCAAGCGCAAGGCGGCUUUCGUUCCACUCCCCAGCAUGCACAGGCGCCACAAGAUGGAUUUGGAGCUUUCAUGGACUCCCCAGCUAUGCCUAUGCCUAUGCUUCAGCAUGACCCUGCUGGACGAUUAGCGGCUCAUGCUGCCGCUCUCCAACCCGCCCGAGCGCCGGCCUUUGCUUCUCCCCAAGAACUCUCCCAGCAACCUCUACCGACACCCAUGGCUAGUUCUAACAACUGGGCUGCUGACUUUACCCGAUUCGCAAAUCAACAGGGCCAACCACAAAACCAAAGGACCAUCGGUGCCUCACGACAACCUCACGCUGCGACGCCAAUGCAAACAAGUUUCGGAUAUGCCUUCGGCCCCCAACAGCCCAUCAACCCAGGGUUUUCUCAAUUUUUUGCCCCAGCGGGAGCAGCAUACUCAGCACCAGGUGCGGCUGUCGCUACCGGAGAAGCAGACUUUGAUCAAGAGAUGGCACAGUGGAUGGCAAACAACAGCGGCGGAAACAUGGAGCAAGUUGACGCCGCUAUGGAGCAAAUGGCUCGUGAGCUUGAGCUCAAUGAUGCAGCACUUUCACAAGCAGAGGGAGAAGGUGCAACCGCUGCCGCCGAGACUACGCAUUUCUCUGAUCUGGAUGUACCAGAGAUUAAUAACCUCUCGCUCGAAGCACGCGAUGCAAUCUUGCCCGAAGAGCCUAUUCAACCGGUGGAAGAGGAGCAGCUAAUGGGUACCGAAAACGAAGAUGCUGACGCGCUAAAGGGCAAGUCUGCCGUCUCAGAGGCUGCCGAACGAUUGCUCGAAUCAGUGCAGCAUGAGAGCGGCGAAAAGUGGCAAAACUCGGUUUUCCUCUCACUAAUGCGAGAUUUUCGCGACGGACGAAAGGAUAUUGUGGACAACGAGAUAAGACAGACGGAUGGUGAAACGGGCGAGUCUUCCGAGACGUGACUACUCUCACAAAUGACCGAGUAUCACAACGAUCUACACAAGCCGGCGGACCAGCCACAGAAACGUAACAGGAAAUACCAUGAUAGCGGAAGAUUCCACUGCCCCCUAUCCACAUCAUGUGCACAGCAGCUCUAUAGCACGAUCUUGUAGUUAUAGUGGCGCAUCAGCAAGACAUAAAUGUAUCGGCACGACACAAAGUAUACAUAAGGUGGAGACAAUGCUUAUUGGCUGACGAGUUGCCAUGAACUAUAUCGAUAAAAAUGAUAAAUGAUAUAAUGUAGAAUUUUGUCAAAGUAAGAGCAAAAUACAUAUCCCAUAAAGACGUUAAAAGCCGAUGCAACUGGUGUGAAUAUCCCAAACAAACAGAAACUAAAAACAAAUGACGGCAAAUUGCGCUCCCUGAAAUAUUUACAGAAUCAAAGUUUCCAAAAGAAGAAGAAGGGUCAGGCUCGCUUGAAGUGCCUACAUGUCCCAAACAUAACACAUUUCGUUCGGUUUGCCAGACGCGCGCCGGUAUCAGGUCAUCCACUCGCAACUGCAUUCUGCAAAGGAAGCACUUGGGUUGCGACUGUGUAAUGUGUAUGAAUCUGACUGUCGGUUCCAUCUGAUAGUCUGUUCAGGUGUAAAAGGAUUGGUUUUGAUGUAUAUCUCGUCAGACAUGAAGUUUUUCUUGUUAUUGGCAAGGUCAUAGGUGAAUCGGCGACAUGUGCCUACGUAUGGGUAGUCAGAUUGUUGUCGAACCUCCUCAAAAACGAGCUCUUUGUUCAGAGGGGGUAGGCGGGUAACAGUUGCCGACGGCUCAGCAGCUGAGCUUGUUGGGGUUGAUGGCGAUGCUCCGCUGAAAUUGACUUGCGGUUUCGGUUGGCCAUUCGUGUUACCACAGGGAAAAAUUGACACUCGGAACACGAUGUUGGGCCAGCUACAGUACCAGCCACCUUGGCCAUCGUUAAGGACAUAUGCGCGCUUCCCCUCACUGCCGUUUUCGCGUUUAAUAAGUGGCGCAAGAUCUCCAUACUCAGCAAUAACGGUUUUUGUGUAUGUAUGCUUUCCAAACCAAACCAUCUUUUUCGGGUUGAUGGAAUCUUUAUACAGGGUGAGGGGAACAGGUCCAUCAAUUCUGGGAGGUUGAGCACCGUAGGUGAGUCUACGGCCAGUCUCCGCGAAGAAGAGAUCAUAUUUGGGUUCGUCGUUUGUUCCAGUGAAGUUGAUGCCCAGUGAGAACCCCGAUCCGCUUCUGCCAUAGCUCAAAUUACAGUCCCAGGCAUUUUGGGCCGGCCCGGGAGCAAUACAACUAGGCGAAGCUACCUGUGGCUUUGUCGGUGGCGGCGAGAAGCGGCCCUCUGGAAGUUUAGCCUCAGACGGGAAACCUUUGACCGGGUCCAGAUUUGGUGGUCCUCCGCUACUGUUAAUUGGUUAGCUUUUUACGUUGGUGUGAUGCAGGUGCGGAAUAGAGCACACUUACGGACGGCCAGGAGGUUUGUACUGGUGUCUGUGCAGUAGUGUACCGAGGACGGCACCCAUAAUAAUGCUCAUAAGAGCAACACUUAUCAACGCGAGGCAAAUGGCCCAGUACGGAACCACACCGCAUACCUUUCGUUUUGCCCACAACUGCCACUUAGUAGGUGUAGGCUUCUCAGCCAGGUCCUUUGCAGCAAUGUUGAGAUCGUGACUAGACAAGGUGGAUGGCCGAGACUGCGAAGCGGCGAGCGUUUCUUGUGUCGAAUCAAACUCUGGAUUUCUGGUAGCAAUGCCCAUCCCCCCAGCGCCAGGCAUCUGGUUAAUCGAUGAUGAUGAGUGGUGUGACUGUGCUUGAUGUGGCUCUGGACGUGGGCGCGGUUGCUGUGGUUGCAUUUCAAGCUCUUCUUGUGAGUGACGUUCUGGAGACGUACUACCAGAAGAUGUUGUGAAUGAAGGGGUAUCUUGUUGUGCAGUAGUUGGCUCUGGCUUUCUUGUCAUCGCUACUUCGGGGUAUCUUGAAUAUGGCGGCAGUUCUUCAGCAUGGCCCAAUGCGGUCGCAGCCUCUUGAGUUCCGAUGCGGUUGUGGUAUGCGUUACUAGACUCGCCAAAUCGUACUGGCAAUGCCUGCUCCGUAGCAAUAGUCGGCAGCUCGACCUCAUCAUUGUAGAGGGAAUACUCUUGCUCCACAACUGCUGCAGCCGGCUGUUGUCGACGUCUAUCUGAGGUGUUGCUCAAUGUUCGUUGAGGAUACAUGUGAUAUGGGUGUGAGGGGCCGGAGGAAUCUUCGACGGAGCCAUCGUUCUGGAUUCGAAGCGAAUCAUGCGGUCGAGGGGGUUUUGAAAUGCUAGAUGGUCGUGGUAGGGGAGGGCUGGAUUGCUGCGCCCGCGGAAGGAGGCUCGCAAAGGUCGGCUGUGGUGCAGCGGAUGACGAGGUUCCCGGGAGUUGUGUUGGGGAUGAGGCUUCAUGAGAUGCACUCAAGGAAGGUGAUGAUCUUGCUGGUGGUCUGAAGCCAUCAGAAACCAUCUCAGCAGCCAAGUCAUAGUCGUCAGUAUCGGGGACUUGUGGGGAUAGAUCCUCUGCUGUUGAACCAGGUCGCGGGAUGCCCGGUUGGGUCGAGGAGGGCUCCAUGGCAAGGAAGGGGAAAGAAAAAAUAUGGACAAAUUCCCUCUGCUUGCUGUUAAUAAUAUAAUACAAAUAAGAUGUCCUAUAAAGUCGAGCGGAACUGUUGAGGACGCUGGAAAGGCAAGUUCGAGAAGGGCCGGGCGGCUGAGGUUAUCGAGCGGACGAGUACGACAGCGACAAGUCUACAGGAGAGGGAAUAUUCGAGGUCGGGUUUGGCGAUCGUCGACGCAAAUAAAGACAGCAAAUAUCGGAGCGUCAAUAUUUCUCUUUACGGUAUAUACGGCGUCGGAUGGUGGAUGAAAUGGAUUGACCAGAGAAACAAAACGCUCGCGUCAGCCCAGAGAAGGAUUCUUUGGGGGGAGGGUCAGGGCGUGCGCAAGACUGUGCUGAAAGUGAUAUGCAGCGGUCUUUAGCACAGUGUAGUGCGCGGA